UUCCCUCGAUGAAAGAGCGAUAUAAGAGAGAGAGAGCGAAAGGGAGGAGAGAAAGAGAGAGUGAGUGCGCGUGUGAAGCGGAAGGGUGAGCCAUCGCUUCUGCGGACGCGGGAGAGACGGCGGCAUAAAAGCGCUCCGGCGGCCACCGGCAAAAUGCAGACAACUGCGACGAGCAUCUCUCGACAAACGCGAGCACAGAGACGGCGGUAGCGGUGCUUCGUUGGUGUUCGUCAGUUCGGCACUAGGCAGUGGGAGAGGAUUAACCAGUCGAUCGCAUCGUUUUUGUGUCGAUAAUAACGGGUUGCUGUCUGUUGCUGUUGGCCUUGGGAUCGGAUCCGCCGCGACAAAGGUGACAGACGACGUCGUCGUCAACGGGGCUAAGCAGGGACAUUGAUUCGUCUGUUUCAAGUGCGGGACUCCUGCCUGUGUUCUUCGAUCUCACAAGCAUUAUGGUCUUCAUUAUCAAUCAGAAUAUGGCGAGGUCGUCGUGGAGGUGGACUCUGCCAGGACUAGUCUUGGCAGCCCUGGCGUGCUUGGCCUGGAACGCCAGGCCGGCUCAAGGUCACGGCAGGCUCAUGGAACCCCCAUCGAGGUCGUCCAUGUGGAGGUUCGGUUUCAAGACCCCGCCAAACUACAACGACAACGAACUGUUCUGCGGUGGCUACGCGGUUCACUGGCAGCAGAAUGGCGGCAAGUGCGGAGUCUGCGGGGAUCCGUGGCACCAGGCCAAGCCGCGUAAUAACGAAGCCGGCGGCAAGUACGCCAAGGGUAUCAUCGUGCGCCGCUACAAGAGGGGAGACGUGAUGAAGGCGUCAGUGCAGCUAACUGCUAACCAUCGGGGAUACUUCGAGUUCCGUCUAUGCCCCGUGAACGACCCCAAGGUCACCGCCACCGACGAGUGCAUGGCCAAGCACCCACUGACCAUGGCUGACGAUCCCAGCGGAAACACGCGCUACAUGGUGGACGCCCGCAAGCGGAACUUUGACCUGCGUCUCAAGCUGCCCAACGACAUGACCUGCACUCAGUGCGUCCUCCAGUGGUCAUACACCGCAGGCAACAACUGGGGUCGGUGCGCGAACGGGUCCAGCGCCGUCGGUUGCGGUCCUCAAGAGACCUUCCGAGGCUGCGCCGACAUCGCCAUCCAGGACGACCUCGCCGGAGGAGACGGCGGCCAGGGCGGAUUCGACGUUGGCGCUGGCGAGGUUCCCGCGGCGCCUCGUCUCCCGGCCACGAAGAAACCCGCGACGCCCCAAGUGCCCUGGUGGGUCAAGGGAGGCCCCAAGGUGCCCGUGACGCCCAAGAAACAGCCUCCCCACCGCGGAUACCCCUGGAAGACCGCUUCGACCCGCAGGCCCUACCACGAAAUCGAAGGCCCCACCAAGCAGGUGCCCACCGCCGUGCCCGCCGAGCCCAGGCCAGUCUACCCAGGCAGCGCCAACCCCGGCGGAAAGCCAGAGGUGGAAGGCGGACACGAAGACGGAGGCCACGGCCAUCACGGAGGCCACGACGGCCACGACGGUGCACAGCCCACUCAGGCCUACCCCGACGAGUCUCCCGAGAAGACCACGACGGAGUACCCGCGUACCAUGAUUCCCAAGAGGUACUCGCCUAAGAACAAAUGGACUCCCGCGCCCAAGGACACCAAGGGCAAGCCUCCUUUUGCCAAGGGUCCCGCAUACAAGCCCGGCGGCAACAAGGAAGUCUUCGGAGGCUGCAAGGGCGUGGGCAUGUACAAGCGAAUCCCCGGACUGGACAAGUGGUGCUGGGACAACUGCCACAGGGGUUACUGCCCGCCCACCCACUGCACUUGCCACUAAUGUUUCCGUGGACUGCAGUCUGUUUGAACUUUAGAGUUUCCUUUGUUUUCCAUUUAUUUCUUGUUGACGAUGUCUUUCCCACAACGCGACCUUCACCGCCCCCCCACCCCCUCCAUAUCCCCGUCUGCCCCGAUCUGUUGCUGCUGCCUCGCACUAAUCCCAAAGCCAUUUCUUCUUCAUGAACUCUUCCACCGUCGAGUGCAAGGAUUCUCGCCGUCCUCGAGCUUGCACUGGUGGCUGGCAUUUUCGUUCUCGUUACGUGUCUAUUUAUGUACACCACAUCUGCACGGGGAGUUGAGCGGUCCGACGAUGCGGGUUUCGACUUGUGUGUGAAUGCUUAGGCUGUAUUUAUUUGUCCGCGUGAUGCAUCUGGAACCCGGUGACUAGACGAAGGAUCACACAUGCAUAGCGAUGCGCAAUCUUAAGUGUCUGAAUGGGGAAACACGAGAUCUUGUUACUGAAGAUUGACCAGCCUGUUGAAAGUGCACCACUGGGCAUUCGUCCACGCUUAUAGGGACAUACUAAAUGCGGGGACACUCUGAACGGCUGGCUACAACACUGAGCGUGAGAAACGCAUGGCGUGGUUUUGUUUCCGAAUUACAAACCAGCACAUCUUUACUGCCUAGACGUCUUUCAUAAACGUGCCGAUGGCGCCGCCUUAGCGGAGACAAUAUACACUAACGAGCCAUAGCAAAGGGGAUUGAAGGACAAGGUAACAUAAUGAUUUCUAACGCUUCGCACAAAAGGCUCAAAGGAAAAGAAAAGCACGUUUACUUGCGAACCACUCGACAUUAUUUAAAGCUAAAAAUAAUCAUAAACGAAAAUAAACUUGUCGCAGGCUCGAUAAGUAAUCGCAAGCCUUUUAUUUAUAGACUCUGUACACCUGCUGAGCAACUGAACGGGUUCAGUGCGGCAAACUAAACUGACCGGGGCGAGAGCCUACAUAGGCAUUAUCAUGAAAAAAUAAGGAGUUAACAAGGAGAGAGACAGAAAGCCUGCAUACUCGCUGCGCGAGAUGGCUUCUGAUUGCUGUGCCAAGUUGAGCGCGAGGUGCAUGAGCGUUGUGCGACGCUCGACAUCUUCACCAUUUGUGAGCGAAGUGUACAUAUACUGCAGCUCCUAUUUGAUUUCAAAAUGUGUGCAUGCUUCUCAUACUUGCACAUCCAUGGCGCUGCAUCGUUUCCUCUCGACGAGGGGUCAUGAAUUAUUUAUUUGCCCGUCUCGGUGUGAGAACUAUAGUAUCCUGUCCGCGCUCAUCCUUGUUCAUCUUUCGCUGUGCCGUGAGUGUGGGAAUUUGCACGUGCGCGACUCAUAUAUAUAAUUUAUAACUAUACGCGUUCUUUUCUUGUUAUCGUUGUUGAUUCUUUUUUUUUUCGGUUCACAGGACCGACGAGUGGCAAUAAAAUAAAGGUGCGCAAGCAAGCGCCAAGCUCGAA